CACGCUGUAUUAGAACGAUUCUUUUUUCGUCCUCGAAUAUCUUCGCUCCGGCGCUCGAAGCAUCUUGAUUUUUGCACAAAUUCUCCAUGGUUGGGACCGGCAUGGUAAUGGGUUUUGAUAGCUUUUCCUGUACAUAUAGCGGUCUGCUGCGGUCUUUCAUGGGCUGGGAGCUUUCAAUGAAACUUAUAAAAGGUGAUGCAAAAUCCAGACUGAGUGGCGUGUUAUAAAGAUGCGAUGAUGGAAGAGACUUCGGAGUAUAUAUUUUGACUACCUGCUUACCUUGCUGGGGAAGUUGCACUACUUCCCGAUUAAAGGUGCCUAUCAAUUUAAAAUGCAACUUAUCUGGCAUCUUCAAAAUGAAAUUAAACAAAAACCAUUGAUAGGCCAAUAAGAAAGUGCAGAUCAGGCACGGCUCUGCAAUCACGUCAUCACUUGAGGCGCGACUCCUUCAUCACAUCUUCCUUUCCUUCCCAUUCCACUACUUCACUCCGCCCGUACAUAAUUCUCGCGUUUCCACAGAGUAUGGGUCCGGUCCCCUCUUGACGUUGAUGGCUGGGUCUUAGAGCACAGACAAAAUUAUGGACUCCUUGGCUCGCCGGGGUGAGACAACAACCUAAAUGAUCCUGCCUCUCUAGCGGUCUAACGUCAGUUAACAGUCUCAAUGUUCGUUCUUGCGCAGGGAUCAAGGCGCUUUGACAGUUAAUAGGAGGCCAUUGGCUCUUCAGGAGUGUUCAAUUUCACGCAAACGGCCACUGCAUCUCUUCUCUCCGACUAUUCCGGUUCCUUUCCGACGGGAGUUGGCGAGAUAAACAGAGGGCAUCUAGCAUGCCUAUGUGCUGCUUCUUAGGUUCCCGAUCCUUCAUCUGACGUUGAGAGUCGGACAAGGACGCUCCUGCCCAAGAUGGCCACCAGAAACAGCGAAUUUCCGACAUUUUCAUGUCCCUUCCCACCAUCCCGGCCUGGGACCGGCGAACCCAGAGCCGACCUCAGAUCCUUUCGCUAUCCAUACUUCCGACGCUAUGCCAAAAUGUCCCUCCUACUGGGCCUGUUUACCUUCAUCAUUUUCGCUGCGCGCCGACGUCCUGGACCGGUCCUACAAGACCCUAUGCUAUCGCCUGGCGUAGCACCACCCUCGGUGCCCGCAGAAGCCUUUGCGCCCGCUCGUGGAACGGACCUACAAAUCCAUGACCCCAGUAUUCUGAAAGUGGGCGAAACCUACUACAGUUACAGCGUUGGGAAACACCUAGUUAUUCACCAAGCUCCGUGUCUCAGCGGUCCCUGGGAACGGACAAAGACCGUGCUGGAAACGGAGAGCAUCAUUCUCAAAGGCGACCGCAAAGCCCCUUGGGCUCCCAUGACGAUUGAAGUCGACGGGACAUUUUAUUGUUACUACGCCGUGAGUUUUGCCGGGUGUCGCGACAGCGCGAUCGGGGUGGCCACGUCGAAAUCGCCGGGACCCGGAGGCUGGACCGACCACGGCAGCAUCGUGCAAUCCGGCACGGGGCCGGGAUCAGCCAAACACCCUUACAACGUGUCCAACGCGAUCGAUCCGAGUGUCUUCGUCACCGACACUGGCCAGGGAUACCUGACCUGGGGCAGUUACUGGACCGGUCUCUGGCAGGUGCCCCUGUCGAAAGACCUACUUUCCGUCGCCAGUAGUGAGGGGUCCGAGGCGCGCCAUCUCGCCCACGAACCAAGCGCCAUCUUUCCCGGACGAAAGAAACUCAAGAAUACACUGUGCGGAGACCCUACGGGUGGCCACCCGGUCGAAGGAGGGUUCAUCUCCUAUCACGCGCCUUAUUAUUACCUCUGGUUCAGCUGGGGAAAGUGCUGCAAAUAUGACCCGAAGAACUUACCAAAGCCGGGGAAGGAGUAUCAUAUUCGUGUCGGGCGAUCGCUUUACCCCCGUGGGCCUUUUGUCGACAAGACCGGCCGUGACCUGGUCGACGGUGGAGGUGAAGUCGUGUACGGCUCGAAUCGAGAUGUGUAUGCUCCCGGUGGGCAGGGAGUUCUGACGGAGGAUGGGAAAGAUACCCUUUAUUAUCAUUUCUUAAACACGACAAUAAGCUAUGACUUUUGGGAAGCUCGACUGGGCUAUAACCCCUUGGAAUACAUAGACGGCUGGCCCGUUGCCGCAUGAGCUAGAUGGUUGGAUGAUAGACUUGAUGAGAGGGAUUGAAUUCAUGGUCAGAACACACAUGGCUUCGAUAGACGUGCAUUAGGUAUAAAUUAAUCAAG